AUGAAGAUAGGUUCGGCCAAACUCAGCAAACAGCUCAAAGAAGCUCGUAUAGAAAAUAGCGAGGGAGCUGCGGGCUCGUCCACCGAUCCUUCUGCUACACCAUCGGCCCCCCCGCCGCUACCGCCAUCGCAGGCCUUUGCUGUUACGCCCCGUGGUGACCUGGACGUUCCUUUUGAUCCAGAAGGUCCUGUUCCUGAGCUGAGGAAGCAAUACCAUGUUGCACCAGCAGAUCUUCAUAAUCUCAAUGCUGUAUUGGUUGAAAAACAAGUUGAAACACAAUUCCAGUCCUAUUUCAUGAAUAUAAGUUGGAGUCUCAGCACAGAUGGUAGUUUUUUUGUUCAAGUGGCUGGUGGUGAUCCUAAGGAGACCAAUGUCAAAGAACUGACAGCCACAAAGAUCUCUGUGAACAGCAAAGGAAUUAUUGAACAUUUUCACUGUAUUCGAUGCUAUUAUACGGAAAAGUUUCAAAGUCAAACUGCAGCUGGUAAUCAAGGAUGGCAGUUCUAUUACGUUGGAUUCCCUGUAGAACCGGAAACAAAAUAUUUCAUCCAGGCUUACAAUCUACCCCCAGCAAAUAUAAAUGAUGAUUUUCCAUCGAAAUCCCUUUUGCUAACUACACCAGAUACAUUUAGAAGGCAAUUCUUCCAUCAGGUGUGGCUACAACUACGUGUUAAAGUAUUGGUUAUAUAUCCAGAUGUUUGUCUUUAUCACACUGUCCUUUCUUUUGCUCAAUUUCUGCAUGAGGGCUGCCAGACUGAUGUCAUUCUAGACUUGUGGGAGAGAAGGAGAAUUGCUGAAAAAGGUCCUGUAGCAUGGCUUGCUGCUCAAAAAGCAGCAGCAGAUAGGGUGAUUUUCCUUAGUUCAAACCCUACCACUGCUGCGUGUGACAGUGCCUGUAAAAGUGUGAGAAACUACAGUAACACAGAAAGCAUGUUCUCUCUUGCAGUUAACCUCUUCUGUAGUGACAUGACAAAUCGGUCCUCUGUGCAAAAAUAUGUGGUUGUUUCUUUCAACGAGGCGAAUGCACAAGACACUUUACCAAGUGCUCUGAAUAUCUGUCCAAAAUACUGUCUUAUGAAGGACAUGAAGAAUUUCUAUAGAGACCUUUUUGCUUCAUACAACUAG